AUGGAUAAAUCAGCACCAGAGCCGAGCGGCUCAAAACCGCCUUCCUCGAAUAUAAACGCAACCGCAAACGCAAGUGGAAAGGGCAAACGACCGUUUCUCGGUUUGCUGUCGAAACGCUCGUCACGUGUCGAGCCGCAGCGAUGCUCGGAGAGCGAAGACGAACAGCAAACGAUCGACGUUGGGUCUGGUUUUAGUCUACUCGGAAACCAUCAUAGCCAUGCGGCUUCGAAUCCCCCAACGAAGACAACCACCAACAGCAGUAACAGCACCGCUAGCAAUGGGGGGAACACAACUGCAACGACUACGUCAACUAGCAAUACCAGCCAUCGGCAGGACUCGUCUAAUCCAAGUGACACCAACUCGUACCAGCUUCUUUCGACGUCAUCGACUACGACGACCACGACCACCACCUCGUCUACGGGGCCGGAAAGCUCGACGGCGACGAAAAUUCCGACCGCCAUUCGAAAGCGUGACAAUUCAAACACCCGAAGCACGCUCAGCAACCGUUUAAGCAGUUGUGUAGGAGGUAGAAGCACCACGAGCGCUGACGUUGGCGGUCAGUUCAAUUUGUGCUGUUCGAUGGACGAAGCGAUCGUCAAGUCACCACCGCGAAAUCGCUUUUCGCACCCGGCUACAGGCAGUUCUAGUGCGGGCAGUGAUUCGUACGACCUCGAAAUGCAACAACGGCGGCAGCAGCUGAAGCUGGAGCUGACCGCCAAGUCAUGCACCAGUUAUCCGAUUGAGAAGUCGAGCCCAAUGCGCCACCGCAGGCCACUAGAGGUAGGCCCGAAGGUGGAAACGCCGCAGGAGGAAGAGGAUAUUAAUGGCCGCAAUCAAAAGGCGAACGUAUCGCUGGUGAACAACCGCGUCGUGACAAAACCAAUCGUGUUUCGCGAGUAUCAAAACCACACACAGCGAGCGAUCAUGUCGAGUAAGUCGCGUUUUAAGGAACGCUUUCUGCCCCCAUUGCACCGGUGCAACAUGGAUGGGUACGAAAAGAUGGAACAACAUUACAGCUCACCAAACAUCGCCGAGAAGGAGGAUGAUUUGUUGCUUCCCGGUGGGUGCGAUCUUGACCGACGUGAGUCCCGAAAGUCAAUGUCAUUUGACAUGGUAACGACAGCCCCCUGCGAAAACGCUGCCAUCCUGGAUGAUGCAGCUGCUGGUCAAAAACCACCUCCGGGAUCAGCUGAUUCGCUCGCCCGCCAGGCGCUAAUGGCUGCGCACGUGCUCAAUUUAAUUCCUGCGGAAAAGGCCCGUCAGCGUAAUUUUCUUCAUGGGCGGCUUGGCUCGACGUCUUUGUUGGGAGCGGCGGAGUUGGAUAAAAUUCUCCCCACACGCGAGGUAUCGAUCUUCGUCGGCACGUGGAACAUGAAUGGACAGAGCCCACCGCGCCAGAUGAACGAUUUUGUGCUGCCAACGGCCCUCGAACACGUGCCAGACAUUAUCGUUUUCGGCACCCAAGAAUCCUGCUCCGAGCGUUUUGAGUGGGAAGUAACGCUACAGGAAACGUUGGGACCCUCGCACAUCUUGUUACACUCCACCAGCCUCGGUACGUUGCACUUGGCUGCAUUCAUCCGACGUGAUUUAAUCUGGUUCUGUUCGGAACCGGAGGACGCCUGUCUCUCCGUGCGGCCUGGUACGGCUUUUCGAACGAAAGGUGCGGUUGCGAUCUCAUUUUGUCUGUUUGGUACUUCGUUCCUGUUUGUGACCUCGCAUCUGACGGCCCACCAGCAAAAGGUGAAAGAACGCGUAUCCGAUGUGAAAAAGAUCAUACACGCGCUGGAUUUGCCGCGUAAUCUAACCGUAAAGCACCGGAAUAAAGACGUAACACAAAACUUUGACAGCGUUUACUGGUGCGGGGAUCUUAACUUUCGCCUGAGCGAGCCGCGUGAUAAGCUGAUGCAGUGGAUAGAGACGACACAGUUCCCACUUCCGGCGCAUCUACCACACGGAUUUAUGCACACGGACCAGCUAACGUCUGUGUUGGCUGAUGGAGCUGCAUUUCGGGGGUUCCGCGAGGCUAAGAUAACCUUCCCUCCAACUUAUAAGUAUGAUCCCGGCACGCAGCGGUUCGAUUCUUCCAGCAAGCAACGAGCUCCUGCGUACACUGAUCGAAUACUGUACAAAUUUAAACCUCUCCCUGUAACUACGGUCCACCGACGAGGCUCAAAUGUACCACCUGGGUCUAAGAUUUCACACCCACCUUCUCCGGUCAAAUGCAUCGCGUACGAUUCAGUUCAGAGCAUUACAUCUUCCGAUCACAAGCCUGUUUGGGCGCUGUUCAAAAAUAUCAUCCGACCCGGCAUUGAUACAAUUCCGUUGGCUGCGGGAUUGUUCAAUCGCGAAGUCUAUCUUGAAGGUAUGAAGCGGCGUCUGGAUAACUCUGGAGCUGGUUCGUCGGCCGUUUGUAACAUCCAAUGA